AUGGAAUGCAAAAACGUGUCAACAUUUGAAGACCCUUCGUGGACAUCAGGGACCGAUUACUCCUUUCGUCGUAAUUCCCAUCAAUUAUUCAGUGCGUCUCAAGAUCGAUCGGUCAAACUUUGGAAUCUAGAUGAAAUGACCUAUGUUGAAACAUUAUUUGGUCAUCAAGAACCAAUUCAAGCCAUUGAUGCGUUGAUGCGUGAACGAUGUGUUACCGCUGGUGGUCGAGAUGGCUCAUUGAGAUUAUGGAAAAUCGUCGAAGAAUCACAUUUAAUGUUUACUGGACAUAGAGGUUCAAUUGAUUGUGUUGCUUUAAUUAAUGACGAACAUAUGGUUUCUGGCGGCGAUGACGGAUGCAUCGCUCUUUGGUCGACAGGCAAACGUCGUCCUCUUUACAAUCUACCUCGUGCUCACAAAUUUACGUCAUUCGAUCCACUUGUGAUUCCGUCAUCGUUACCUGAUGAUUUUUGGAUCACAGCAUUAGCUUCACUUCGUUACACCGAUUUACUUGCCUCAGGUUCAUUCAAUGGCACAAUUCAAUUAUGGAAGUCAACACCUGAAUUCAACCAUUUGAUCCCUCUUUUCACAAUAUCACAAGUUGGCUUUGUUAAUGAUCUUAAAUUUUCUUCCGAUGGUAGUUAUCUAGUUGCCGGUAUCGGUCAAGAACACCGACUUGGCCGAUGGUGGACAGUGAAAUCAGCUAAAAAUGCUGUUCUGAUUUAUAAACUCGAUAAACAUACGAACUAG